UUCUCCCCAGUGACAGGGGAUGGGACAAGGGGGAAUGGCCUCAAGCUGUGCCAGGGGAGGUUCAGGUUGGAUAUCAAGAAAAAAUUUUUCACAGAAAGGUUCAUUGGGUCCUGGCAGAGGCUGCCCAGGGAGGGAGUGGAGUCCCCAUCCUUGGAGGUAUUUAAAAGAUGGGCAGAUGAGGUGCUCAGGGCCAUGGUUUAGUGGCAGAUAGGAAUGGUCGGACUCGAUGAUCCAAGAGGUCUUUCCUAACCUGGUGAUUCUGUGACCCUGACACUUCACGUAGGGCACAAGGGGAUCCGGACGCUUCUUGCAGGGCACAGGAGGGACCCGGACCACUUUCGCAGGGCACAGCCCGGCCGGAGCUUCUGGCGCGCUAGGCGGGACCGGAAGCGGAAGCGGGCGCAGCAGCAGCGUUGGUGGUAGCGGAGGGGGGAGCGAUGGAGACGAUCCUGGAGCAGCAGCGGCGGUACCACGAGGAGCGGGAGCGGCUCAUGGACGUCAUGGUGAAGGAGAUGCUCACCAAGAAGUCCACGCUCCGUGACCAGAUCAACUCAGACCACCGGACGCGGGCCAUGCAGGACAGGUACAUGGAGGUGAGCGGCAACCUGCGAGACCUGUACGACGACAAGGAUGGCUUGCGGAAGGAGGAACUCAGUGCCAUUUCGGGGCCAAAUGAAUUUGCAGAAUUCUACAACAGACUGAAACAAAUUAAGGAGUUUCACCGGAAGCAUCCAAACGAGAUCUGUGUUCCGAUGUCGGUGGAGUUCGAGGAGCUGCUGAAGGCCAGGGACAACCCGAGUGAAGAAGCCCAAAAUCUGGUGGAGUUCACGGACGAGGAAGGGUACGGGCGAUACUUGGAUCUGCACGACUGUUAUCUCAAGUACAUCAAUCUGAAGUCGUCAGAGAAACUGGAUUACAUCACUUACUUAUCCACGUUUGACCAACUCUUUGAUAUCCCCAAGGAGAGAAAAAAUGCUGAAUAUAAGAGGUACCUGGAAAUGCUUCUUGAGUACCUGCAGGAUUACACAGACCGAGUGAAACCGUUACUGGACCAGAAUGAACUGUUUGGGAAAAUCCAGACUGAGUUUGAGAAGAAGUGGGAAAAUGGGACAUUCCCUGGCUGGCCGAAAGAGACCAGCAGCGCCCUCACUCACGCCGGAGCCCACCUGGAUCUCUCAGCAUUCUCCUCCUGGGAGGAAUUGGCCUCCUUGGGACUGGACAGAUUAAAAUCAGCUUUGCUGGCCCUGGGACUGAAAUGUGGCGGGACCCUGGAAGAGCGUGCUCAGAGACUUUUCAGUACUAAAGGGAAAUCCCUGGAAGCACUUGAUCCUUCCUUGUUUGCUAAGAAUCCAAAGACAAAAGGAAGCAAAAGAGACACUGAAAGAAACAAAGAUCUUGCGUUCCUGGAAGCUCAGAUUUAUGAGUAUGUGGAAGUUCUUGGGGAGCAGAGACAUCUCACUCACGAGAACGUGCAGCGUAAGCAGGCACGGACAGGGGAGGAGAGGGAGGAGGAAGAGGAGGAGCAGAUCAGCGAGAGUGAGAGCGAAGAUGAAGAAAAUGAAAUCAUUUAUAAUCCUAAAAAUCUGCCUCUUGGUUGGGACGGCAAGCCGAUCCCAUACUGGCUGUAUAAACUCCAUGGUUUAAACAUCAACUACAACUGUGAGAUUUGCGGUAACUACACCUACCGAGGGCCCAAAGCUUUUCAGCGUCACUUUGCGGAGUGGCGCCACGCUCACGGGAUGAGAUGCCUGGGCAUUCCCAACACGGCGCAUUUUGCCAAUGUCACACAGAUUGAGGACGCAGUCUCAUUGUGGGCAAAGCUGAAACAGCAGAAAGCUUCAGAGCGAUGGCAGCCCGACACAGAGGAGGAAUAUGAAGAUUCCAGUGGGAAUGUGGUGAAUAAAAAGACUUAUGAAGACUUGAAGCGUCAGGGGCUGCUGUAGCUUUUCCUCAAGUAAAGGAUUUCACGUCUGGAAAGCAAGUGGAGACACAUCUGCAGCUCCAGCUCUUCUUCAGUUCCUGGAUUUUUUAUGUGCAUGGAUAUAGAUUUCAAGGAUCCUUUAUAGAAUUGCUCUAGGAAGCCCCUUGUGAAAGCAGAUUUGUGACGUUAUUUUGUAUUAAAAAUAACCCCCUUGAAAAAUAAACCAGUUUUCAUGUA